AUGACGCGGAGGAAUCCUGUUGAAUCUGCCCGUUAUGUCACUCACAACAGGAAGUGGCCAAGCGGCAAGCCGAUGAUGAAGAUCUUACUUACGUACGUAUUUUUUAUUUCUGAUGUGUCUCUAUUCACAGGAGUGGAGCUCCACUGUGAAGCCAACAAUGAAGAGCACCACACCAGCGAGAUCUCCGUGGAAAAGUUGAUUGUGAGGCGAGUUCAGUCCUUCACUCUGACACUCAAACUGACGCAGGCUUUUCAAACUGAUAAGGACCAGCUCUUCAUCACGACAACCACAGCGGGGGACGAAUUGGCGAUAUACAAACACGAGGACGACCCCGCUGAUGACGUUUCAGCUCGCUGUAACCCCAUCUACGUUGGCCGUGUGAUCAGUGCCAUGAUCAACAGUGAGGAUGACUGCGGUGUGUUGGAGGGAAAUUGGGGGCGUUCUUUUGAGGGCGGACAUGCACCCACUCACUGGACCGGUAGCAGUGCCAUCCUUACAGAGUGGCUCGAAAACCAGUUCGAACCAGUCAAAUAUGGACAGUGCUGGGUGUUUGCCGGAGUGAUGUGUACAGUGAUGCGUUUUUUUGGAAUCCCCUGCCGCGUGGUCACCAACUUCUCUUCAGCUCACGACAACAACGCCAAUCUCACCAUCGAUCGAUACCAUUCUUUAGAUGGAAUCGUGGGUAAAGAAACCAAGGACAGUAUUUGGAACUUCCACGUGUGGGUGGAGGGGUGGAUGAGGCGGCCAGAUAUGUCAAAAGACGGUGAUUACGACGGCUGGCAGGUUCUGGAUCCGACACCGCAGGAGCUGAGCCAGGGUGUUUUCUGCUGCGGUCCAUCCCCAAAAGCAGCCAUCCUGAACGGAGACACAGACAUCAAAUACGAUACUCCGUUUGUCUUUGCUGAGGUCAACGCUGACUCUGUCGAUUGGCUGGUCAAACCUGACGGUUCACUGGAGAAAAUAGAGGCUUCCACUGACUUAGUGGGACAACAUAUCUCAACAAAAGCUGUGGGUAGUGAUGCAAGGGUCGACAUCACCAACACCUAUAAACCUGAGGAGGGAAAAAUAGACGAAAGGGUCGUCUUCAGAAGAGCCGUCUUCAAACACUUCAAGCACCUUAAUAAGAUUAGAGAGGAGGAGAAGAAGAAGAGGGAGACGGAGACGUUGGAGAUUCACACGUUGGAGACGGAGAUAAGGGAGAUGGAGAGGAAUGGAAUUCCAAACAGGAUAGGGAAUGUGUCCACAGGAGAGACAGACGGGGAAACAACUGAAGUCAUCCUCCCACCGCCAAAAGUGUCCAUACGAUUUGAAGAGGUGUCAAAGCCGAUUAACGGUAAGGAUGUGAGCCAGAAAUUGGUGCUGAGCAGUGAAAGUACUGCUGACAGGCCGCUGAUCAUCAACAUCGCCGUUCAAGCCAUGAACUACACCGGACACCUAGCUGGAAACAUCCAGGGAGAGAAGUUGGAAAAGACACUGUUGCCAGGAAAAGAUCUGACAAUGCCGAUCGUGGUCCCGUUCUCAGUCUACUCUAAGCCCAUGUUGGAGUGUGACAUCAUGAAGAUCUCAGUCCUGGUUAAAGACAAAGAGAAGCCAGACCACCCAUACCUGAGAGAGGUCGACCUUGUGCUGCUUGACCCACCGAUCUCCGUCACUAUUUUUGGUAAGGUCAAACUGAAGACUCCUGCAAACGCAGAAAUCUCUUUCAUGAACCCUGUAAACGAGACGCUGAAGAACUGCACUUUGACCAUCUCUGGAACUGGCCUCUGGAAAGGAGAGUACGAAAUCAAACUCGGAGACCUUAAACCAAACAGACGGAUACGUCUCAAGUUUUACAUCGUCCCUUACAAGUCCGGAGAGAGGACCCUGACUGCCGACUUUGACUGCUCCCUCUUCAGAGACAUCAAAGGCCUGUGCACCGUCACCGUCAGACCCUAAAUCCUCGAGUUGACUCGGAAACAAGACAACUCAUUCAUUCAACUCAUUUUUGGGGUUCAAUAUAUUUGGUCUAGUACAUUUUUGUCUUUUGGGCACACAAAUUAAUGAGGUGUUCUCGGAUAAGAGAGCAUCACACCGUAUGCACAAAUAAAAUGUUUGUGAAAAAUCCA